AUGUCUAACGGCGGGUACUGCCCUAUUGGUGGCAAAUGCAGCAAUCCUGAGUAUUGUGCCGAAGGCUCCAUUUUCGAGCAGUCCAAUCAAGCCGGAGUUUGCCUAAGUUGCGGAGCGGAUGUGGUGAAAAAAGGAUACUACUGCGCUAACGGCACGAGCUCGGUCUGUCCACCUGGAUAUUACUGUCCCCUGGGUGGCACGUCCGGUCCUAUUCCUUGUCCGGAGGGAUAUUUCUGUAAACAAGGCUUUGCGAAGCCUGAGUCCUGCCCUUGGUACUCCCAGUGCCCACGGGGAGCAACUAACCAGAUUCCUACUUGGGGAGCUAUAUUCAUUAUCGUGGUCAUCGGCAUUAUCGUUGCAGCGUUGAGUAUAUGGCUGUGGCUUUAUCGUCGUCAGAAGGAGAGGAAGGCCACUUCACAAGGAACAGUUCAUCAGCGGACGACGGAAAUCUAUAAUAGUGUAGUCCAGGCUCUCACUGGAGUAUAUUUGCAGUCCCAGAGGAUGCAAGGAUUUACUAAUGAUAUCAAAUACACUCCUGUGGACAUUCGGUUUGAGCAUUUAUCGAUGACUCUCAAGUGGGGAACUCGAAGGGAGAUUCUCCAUGAUGUUACGGGUGAAUUUCCAGCAGGCUCACUAACGGCAGUGAUGGGACCCUCAGGAGGCGGUAAGACGACCUUCAUGAAUGCGUUGUCCAAUCGAGCGCCAUAUGGAGAUGUGACGGGGAAGGUUUGGGUUAAUGGUUUUGAAGGAAACUUCGGAGAGUAUCCAAAACAGGUUGGCUUUGUACCACAAGAUGAUAUUAUGUUUGACCGUCUCACUGUGUAUCAAAAUCUCUAUUAUUCUGCUAUGGUCCGCUUGCCAGAAGAUAUGCCCCGUGAGAAGAAGUUGAAGAUCAUCGAGGAUGUCAUUCAAGUUUUGGAUCUCGAGCAAGUCCGACAUACCAUUGUGGGGUCGCCUGGAAGGAGGGGAAUUUCUGGUGGUCAGAAAAAGCGUGUUAAUAUUGGUAUCGAGUUGGUGGCUUAUCCUCGUGUAUUAUUCUUAGAUGAGCCGACCUCUGGUUUGGAUUCUGCUGCCAGUAUGGCCGUUACUAAGUGUUUGGCAAGAAUGAGGACUUUGGGUAUCACUGUCGUUUGUGUAAUCCACCAACCACGCUACGCUAUCUUUAAACAGUUUACCCAUUGCCUACUACUUGGCAAGGGUGGCAAGACCGUGUAUAUUGGUAAAACUAGUCAGGUUGAGGACUACUUCGUUAGUCAUGGUUUUCGCAUCCCCAGGGGAGAGAACGUCGCCGAUUGGUUCAUCGAUAUCAUCUCGGGUGCAGUUGAUCAUUAUCAACCCGAUGGCUCGGUCGAUAGGAGCUUCCAGAAGGAAGAUCUAUUUGAUUAUUGGACCAACUAUCGGGAGCAACAGAAGGCUGAGGAGUCGCAGGUCUCUCGGCCUGUACCGAGGUUUUCCCGAACGGUAUCAGUACGCUCUCUGGGCGCCACCAAUUCAGAAGAUAGUGGAGUCUUCCACACCGAGGAUGAGCUGACCAAUAAACUAUGCGAACUGUUGGAUGCUGAGCCCGAUAGUGACCUCACACCUCAGCAAAUGUAUCGCUUGGCGAGGCUGUUUGAGAUUGAGUGUGACAUGUCUGAGGCAAAGGAGCUGUACAGAGUGUUGAAGGCCGAGCAAGGGGAAGUUACUUGUGAGAGCUUCGCUAAAAUGAUACAUGGAGGCGCCUCAGAACAAGUCCAACUCGAAAGUCGGCAGGUCUUGCCUGAUCUCAGUCGGUUAAAAAACCGGCAAAUCGCCAAUGUUGGUGAACAGUUGGGUCACUUCUUAUCUCGCAACGUGGCUCUCAUUUCGCUCGGUCAAGUUUUCCUCGAUCUUUGUCUUAACUUUUUGGCUGCUGUUAUCAUUGGUACGACAGUGCAGCGAACGAAUGGAUAUGAUAUGAUGGCUAACAACAACAUGAUGGGUUUGAUGUUCUUCGCCAUCAUGAUCGGUGCUGGCUGCUUACAGGUUUACAGCUUUGAGUUCCUGGCCUUUGAGCGAGAUGCUUCCGCUGGUACUUCUGUCCUCGCCUAUUGGGCAUCGAAGACGUUAUGUCAUCUGUUUGAUACAUUCCUGUUCACUUUGAUAUUCACAGCUACUUGGUAUCUCAUCAUCCAGNNNNGUCACUGUCAGAUCCCCACUCGUGCGAUGAGAGUAUAUGAGCCCUCGAUAUCUCUCGACAUGGCACCCCACUGUGAAGCCCGCUCCUCGUCAAAAGGCGCAUAG